GCCCGUAGUACACUCCGACUUGAAAAUGUCGGCUGUCCACGUGAGUAGAAGCCGGCUCUAUUCACGGAAUCUUUUUGGAACUCAGUAUCGCAGUGGACGUUUUGAUCGGUUGCGUGCAACUUGUAUCGCGAGACAUGAAUCGACUGUCCAUGCACCUUUGUCUUCCGGGAAAAAACUCGAAUUUCAAUCGGGAAAAUAUGCACGCUUUGCAGAUGGAAGUGCUGUUGCUUCCUUUGGAGAAACUGCCGUCCUGGUGACGGCUGUAAGUAAAGCCAAAAGCUCACCGACAGCUUCAUUCCUGCCUCUUACAGUGGAUUACAGGCAGAAAGCAGCUGCUGCAGGCAGAAUACCUACCAAUUUCUUAAGACGAGAACUUGGAACAUCUGAAAGAGAGAUUCUGACUAGCCGCAUGAUUGAUCGAUCUCUUAGACCUCUCUUUCCCGAAGGAUACUUCUAUGAGACUCAGGUAGUUUGUAAUUUGCUAUCUGUGGAUGGAGUAAAUGACCCAGAGGUGUUGAGCAUUAAUGCUGCCUCUGCAGCCCUGGCUGUCUCAGAUAUUCCUUGGAACGGCCCAGUGGCAGCAGUUCGAAUGGGACUCAUUGACAAUGAAGUAGUUGUCAAUCCCACCAGGAGAGAAAUGGCCAAGAGCCAGUUAAAUUUGGUUGUUAGUGCUACUCUUCAGAACCUUGUUGUUAUGCUAGAGGCCUCAGCUGAAAAUGUUUAUCAGCAAGACUUCCUGAAAGCCAUCAAAAUGGGAGUGAAAGAAUGUCAAAUCAUAGCCAGAACCGUCGAAACGUUACGGAAAGAAGCAGGGAAACCCAAAAGAGAAUACGUCACCCUGCAGUCUGGCUCAGAAGAGUUACUAUCCGCAAUCAAACUGAUGAGCGAAAAUCGAUUACGUGCUAUUCUGCGCGAUUUUAGUCAUGAUAAGAUAUCGCGUGACGUUGCAAUUUCCACCGUUCGGAAUGACGUCAUGGAAAAAAUGAAGGCACACUUCCCUGAAACUGACACCAUGAUCAUAAGCGAGUCUUUUAACAAAUUUUUCAAGGAGUUAUUCCGGAAACUCAUUCUAGACGAAGAAAUCAGAUGCGACGGGAGGAAAUUAACCGAUAUCCGUAAGAUUUCUUGCGAUGUCGAUUUGUAUCGACCUCUCCAUGGAUCGGCGCUUUUCCAACGUGGCCAAACUCAAGUUGUAUGCACCGUAGCUUUCGAUUCCCCUGAAUCAGCCUUAAAAUCCGAUCCAGUUUCAAUACUUAUGGGUGGAUUGAAAGCCAAAAAUUUCUUUCUUCAUUACGAAUUCCCGCCAUACGCCACUAACGAAACGGGAAAAGUUGGACCGGGUAGUAAUGCCGGUCGUCGUGAGCUUGGCCAUGGAGCCUUAGCAGAAAAAGGCUUGAGACCUGUAGUGCCUAGUGACUAUCCAUUUACCAUUAGAUUAACUUCAGAGGUCUUGGAGUCAAACGGUUCGUCUUCAAUGGCCUCGGUUUGUGGAGGUUCGCUGGCUUUAAUGGACGCAGGCGUUCCAAUUUCUCAGCCAGCAGCAGGCGUGGCGAUAGGACUAGUCAGCCGGACCAACCCGGAAACUCAACAGAUUGAAGACUAUCGCAUCCUCACGGAUCUCCUGGGCAUUGAGGAUUAUUUGGGAGACAUGGAUUUCAAGUUAGCCGGAACCAAGAAAGGCAUUACGGCUCUCCAAGCUGAUUUCAAACUACCUGGAGUCCCUUUAAAGAUUAUCAUGGAAUCGGUUCUGCAGGCUAGCGAUGCAAAGUCUCAUAUUCUUGACAUAAUGUCCCAGACGAUCAAUAAACCGCGCAAAGACAAGAAGGAUAUAUGGCCAGUAUCCGAGAAACUGCAAGUAGAGGCACACAAACGAGCCAAAUUUAUCGGCUUGGGCGGUGCGAAUUUGAAGAAAUUAACCGCUGAAGCAGGUGUUCAGAUUACUGCAAUCGAUGAAUCGACGUACUCGAUAUUCGCGCCCAAUCAAUCGGCAAUGGAUGAAGCGAAGGAGAUGAUUGAGCAAUUCAUGAAGCAGGAAAGAGAGCCCGAACUGGAAUUUGGUGCCAUUUACAAAGCACGUAUCGUCGAAUUGAAGGAAACGGGCGUGUUGGUCACCCUGUAUCCGACAAUGGUGCCCACCCUUCUACACAAUUCGCAGCUGGACGUACGGAAGGUAGCCCAUCCAUCCGCCCUCGGCCUCGAGGUAGGACAAGAUAUCUCUAUUAAAUAUUUCGGUCGGGAUCCAGUUAGCGGAAGGAUGCGACUCUCGCGAAAAGUCCUCCAAUCGCCUGCCUCAGCUAUUGUAAAAAAUUUGAAUGGAACACCCCCGAGUAGUUAGAAUGAAGCUAUUGUUUUUAAACAAUCCGUGUAAUACGGUUUUGCCGAUACAAAUAGCAGCUUUUGUGUUUGAUCAAAGCUGCAAAAGUCUUUUGUCGAAAGCCAAAAACGCCAUUUUUUUUUUAGGGUUUACCAUUGAAUGUAAAUCAAAUAAAAAUGAUUCGUUGAA